UUAGGAUUGUUCUUAUUUUCCUCAAUUAAGUUGGAAAAUAGGAUGAUCGAGUGGCAGUGAGGGCUCUUCGAUACUGUACGGUACUGUCUUUCCAAGCUUGUCGGAAGACUUCCAGUUUGAUGUAGCGCCAUUUCCGUUCCAAUUUUCUGGAAGCUUGCUUCAGGGCUCAGGUAUUUUCUGUAUACCAGGGAGCUAGUUUCUUAUGACAAAUGUUUUUUGUUUUUAGGGGUGGCGAUUGUGUCUAGGGUAUUACGCAAGGUUAAAUUGAGUUCCUCAGUUAGGUGGUUAACUCAUUUUUGUACUCUGACAUCCUUGGGUAGGUGGAUGGAUGGGCAUCUCGGAAUCUUCGCGUUGUCCAAGAAUUUAUAGCACGACUUUUGAUGAUCCUUGGUUGGGGUCUGAGCAGAUUAUUUGUUGCGAUUGCAAACGCAAUAAAAUGGUGGUCCGAUAGUCCAGGAUUAUGAGGAAAAACAUUAAGAGCCACAUUAUUUAUUCCACGGGACAAAACUAGGUCCAGAGUGUGACUGUGGCAGUGAGUAGGUCCGGAGAUAUGUUGGAUAAAACCCACAGAGUCGAUGAUGGCUCCGAAAGCCUUUCGGAGUGGGUCUGUGGACUUUUCCAUGGGAAUAUUAAAGUCACGAAAAAUUAGAAUGACUACAAGAUCCGAUAGGAAUUCAGGGAACUCAGUGAGGAACGCUGUAUACGGCCCAGGAGGCCUGUAAACAGUAGCUAUAAAAAGUGAUUGAGUAGGCUGCAUAGAUUUCAUGACUAGAAGCUCAAAAGAUGAAAACGCACGUUUUUUUUUUUUGUAGAUUGAAAUUUGCUAUCGUAAAUGUUUGCAACACCUCUGCCUUUGCGGGAUGCGCAGGGAUAUGGUCACUAGUGUAACCAGGAGGACAGGCCUCAUUUAACACAUCAAAUUCAUCAGGCUUAAGCCAUCUUUCAGUCAUGCCAAUCACAUCAAGAUUAUGAUCAGUGCUUAGUUCAUUGACUAUAACUGCCUUGGAAGUGAGGGAUCUAACAUUAAGUAGCCCUAUUUUGAGAUGUGAGAUAUCACAAUCUCUUUCAAUAAUGACAGGAUUGGAGGAGGUGUUUAUUUCAGUGAGAUUGGUAAGGCGAACACUGCCAUGUUUAGUUUUGCCCAUCCUAGAUUGAGGCACAGACACCGAUCAAUGGGGAUAGCUGAGCUGACUACACUGACUGCGCUAGUGGCAGACUCCACUAAGCUGUCAGGCUGGCUAUCUCAUUGUGUAGCUAGAGGAGUUAUAUCACACUACCGCAAUAAACUAAGUUAAAACGCAGAGACUCCAAGACCACUGAGUGCUUUUGAAGUGGUAGGUAAGGUGCGGAAAUACGGAGCCCAUCUCCGCUGCACUGUAUCCGCAUGAUGGACGGCACCCUACACACUGAAGCAAGGCCAAUUUGCAAUGAAUAUAGGCUACAAGGUACAUAGGGUAAUUCACUGAGAUGAGAUCCUCAGAGCCCUUGUGAGAUCAUAUGCUGACACAUGCACAUUUGUGGCCUGCUGGAGGUCAUUUUGCAGGGCUCUGGCAGUGCUCCUCCUUGCACAAAGGCGGAGGUAGCGGUCCUGCUGCUGGGUUGUUGCCCUCCUACGGCCUCCUUCACGUCUCCUGAUGUACUGGCCUGUCUCCUGGUAGCGCCUCCAUGCUCUGGACACUACGCUGACAGACACAGCAAACCAUCUUGCCACAGCUCGCAUUGAUGUGCCAUCUUGGAUGAGCUGCACUACCUGAGCCACUUGUGUGGGUUGUAGACUCCGUCUCAUGCUACCACUAGAGUGAAAGCACCGCCAGCAUUCAAAGCUGAUGAUCUUUGGCUUCUUCCUGUGUCUGGAUGCCUUCCUCUACGUGUUCACGCUGCUUCCCCUCCGGGUGCUGCUGGCCCUGCUACACCUCCUCACCCUGCCCUGCUGCAGCCUCGGUGGCUCUCGCCUGCUGCAGCCGGCCCAGGUGUGUGACAUCUUGAAGGGACUGAUAAUGGUGCUGUGCUACUCCAUGAUGCACUACGUGGACUACAGCAUGAUGUACCACCUGAUCCGGGGACAGUCCGUCAUCAAACUCUACAUCAUCUACAACAUGCUGGAGGUAGCCGACAGGCUGUUCUCGUCGUUUGGCCAAGACAUCCUUGACGCUCUCUACUGGACGGCCACCGAGCCCAAAGAGAGGAAGAGAGACAGCAUUGGGGUCAUCCCCCAUUUCAUCAUGGCUGUAUUCUACGUCUUCCUGCAUGCCAUCCUCAUCAUGGUCCAGGCGUCAACGCUCAACGUGGCUUUCAACUCCCACAAUAAGUCCCUGCUCACCAUCAUGAUGUCCAACAACUUUGUGGAGAUCAAAGGAAGUGUGUUCAAGAAGUUUGAGAAGAAUAACCUCUUUCAGAUGUCCAACAGUGAUAUCAAGGAACGGUUCACCAGCUACGUGCUCCUUCUCAUCGUCUGCCUCAGGAACAUGGAGCAGUUCUCAUGGAGCCCAGAUCAUCUCUGGGUGUUGUUACCUGAUGUCAUCAUGGUGAUCGCCUCAGAGAUCGCAGUGGACGUCAUCAAACACGCCUUCAUCACCAAGUUCAACGAGAUCACGGCAGAUGUAUACAGUGAAUACAGAGCCAGCCUGGCCUUCGAUCUCAUCAGCUGUCGGCAGAAAAACGCCUGCACAGACUACAGCGAUUCCGUAGCCAGAAGAAUGGGCUUCAUUCCUCUUCCUCUUGCAGUCCUGCUAAUCCGAGUGGUGAUGAGUUCAGUGAAUGUACAGGGAGCCCUGUCCUGCUCCUGUGUGUUCCUCUUUUACAUGGGAAUGGUGACCCUGAAAGUGCUUAACAGUAUUGUGCUGCUGGGGAAGUCGUGUGUGUACGUGAAGAGAGCCAACAUGGAGGACAAGCUGUUUGAGAAGCCCCCCACAGCCGCCCCGGGGAAGACGCCCAGUCGAACCAGCAAGACAUCCAGGUGUACUGCCCCCUCAGGUGAUCUGUCAGGGGAUCCGUGGUCUGAGCGGUCCCCAUCCACUCCUUCCUGCACCUCCAUCCCCCCCUCUGUCACCACCCAGCCUACCCCCACCGUCAUCCCCACACCACAGGCAGAGACUAUGGCCCCUCCCGCCACUUCCCCAACCAGACCCUCCACCAGCCCAGAACCGGACCCUGACCCCCUCACCCCCUCUCCCCCUGCCACUCCCGAGAGGGAUGGGACGGAAGGCACAGAGCUCAAGCACAGGACCCCUAAAAACGACCUGCUGGAUGUAGACCGCUUCACGAUAUGCGGGAACCGCAUUGAUUGACCCCUCUGAGCCUUUCCAUUGACCUUUGACCCCACCCCCCACAAAAAAAAAGAAGUGAUAACCACUCAGGAGAGGCGGUGAGCAAGACGCUCCUCAGCACUUCUGCUCUCUUAGCAAAAUCCAGCGGAAGCAGGGUAUAUUUAUUAAGCUAGACAUACAGUAAGUUAUUGUGGACUCUGGGACAGGCUGCUUAAUUGAAGUGUACUUGCUGUUUUUCGCCUGCGGGGUAUGGGGCUCGACAAAGAGAACUGCAGUUGGUUGAGCAACGGAAGACUGCCAGAGGAAUUGUUGUUUUCAUAGCAACCUAGUUGUCUGUACCAAUGAUGUUUAUAAACCCUGGAUUGCUGAUGCUAUGUAUUGGCCAUUGAGAAGCUUUGAAGCCACCGGUCGGCCAUAUUGGCCCUCCCCAGUAUUACAAUUAAAUGUUUCAAUGACAAAAUAACAUGUAUAUAAGUGUUUUGUUGUUAUAGUGGGGACAAUAACAUUUUAGUAAUAAAUGUUUUAAUAGUAUAAUAUAAGUAUGCAUUUAGAUGUCUAAUAGAAUAAAUGUGUCAAAACGAAUGUAGUCAUUAAUAAAUGCAUUUCUAUAGCUUCUAAAAUCUAUUUUACAAUGGAGGAGGAGUACCAAGAUGGCUGCACGAUGGCUUCAGUACAGUACCCCAUGUCAGUCAUCCAGGGUGCUAGAUACACAUCACGUGUGUGUGUGUGUGUGCACACAAACGUGGAACAUGAGAAAUUGGUGCCUCUUCUCAGAUACACAGCAAAAGAGGAGCAAAGUUAUCUGUCAAUGUUCUACUGUUUUAUUUGGACAUAUUGGAUCAAAAUUACUGGAAAGGACCAGCUAUUUGCUAAUCAAAAAGCUUUACCCAGUUUAUUGGAAUUUUGCGGUAUAAAAUAUCACUACUGGUAUUAGCUCCAUUUGGUAGUGUGAAGAACAUCUCCACAGAAGUGAGAUUUUUUUUUUGAGAGCUUUCUUUUACAGAUAUUUUAAUUUGAUUUAAAAGAACCGAAGGUACCCUUCAUUGGCAUGUUUGAUGGUUAUAUGUUUGCGAGUACCGCACGUAUUACUCAUACAUAUUGCUUUUGGGAAAAGUUCAUACUAGCAUUUUAUGAUGGCAAGAAUCCCUAGUUUGCGCUGAUGAAACGUUACCGUAUUGUCUUAAAUAUGCUACAGAUGACAGGGUUUGGAGCUAUUUCUCUUCAUUUGACGCUCAUGCAAUGUUUUAAUUACUAUUGUAAUAAGGAUCUAUUUUUGGAGCUGCCAGUUGUAAUAUUUUAGAGUAUUUUUGCGCAUGGAACGUCCACUGAACCCUCUUCCAAGGGUCACUUUUUGUACUGUUCUUAUGCAAGCAAUGAUGGAAAACUGUCCACUUAAUUUCAUGUUUGGUUCAUAACUUCACCAUGAUAUGAAAUGGCCCUCUUUUUGGGAUGAUGAUGAUGAUGAUGAUAAAUAAAAGUUAUUUUGAAA